AUGGAGAGGGCGCAGUUCCGCGCUAUCCUCCGUAUCGUUGACACGUCUGACUAGAAAGAGAGUGCCGCGUUGCCCGACUGUUCCUCGAGUACUCCUCCAUACCUUUUUUCCUCUUCUACUUCUUAUUAUUAUUCUUAUUCUUAUUCUUCCUGUCAUUAAUAUUCUCUUUUUCCUCGUACCUAAAAUAUUUUCUAUCCUUUUUAUCCUACUUGAUCCAUUUUGGGAUUCGUAAAUCGUACGCGGACGCGCAACGUUAAAACUUUGUCGAUCGUUGAACGCGCAUUUUUUCAAACGACGUACCAACGUUUCAAAACUAAAUAAUCAAAGUGAGUAAAAGAAAGAAACGCGGAUCUACGUAAACGUAAGGAGGAAGAAUCGUUUUGAUUUUUCUCCCCCCUGUCAAAAGGGAUUUAUCAUUUCUUUUUUCCUUUUUAUUUUCACAUACCUUUUACAUCUAUACACUUUCCCUUUCCGUCCUUUUUUUUUUUAUUUUGGUUCCGAUAAAAUCAAUCAAUCGAUCGUUCGUUCAUUCGUUCGAUCGAUCGAUCGAUCUCGCGAGUGAGUUUUUGAUUUUUUUUUAACUACGUUGGUGUUUCUCAAAACUUUGUUUUGUGUUGAAAUAAAAAGAAAAAAAGAAAGAAAAGAGAUAGAAAGUGUUUUCUUCUUGAAAGAAAUAAUAGUGACUUUGACGCUUGGACUAUCGCCAUUUUUCACGAGUAACGUGUGUGAGAAGAUACAAGACAAAGAUGAUGGCCGUUUCUUCUUCUUCUUCUUCUUAUUCUUCUUCUUCCUCCUCUUCUUCUUCGUUCUUCUUCGUGUUCACUGUCUUGGUCGUUGGGCUCGUGUUCAGCGAUGGGACCACGGGUACCAUGGCAAACCAGAUGACGUUGGAAGCCAGGAUCUACGACGACCCCGAACUAUCACAGUUUUAUCAACUAUUGGAGACGAGCCAGGUGGCGAACAACACGCUGAUGUAUCGUCAUGUUACCGUUUUCGCUCCAACAAACAGGGCCUUUCAAAAGUACAAUGGAAGCAAGAGUAACUUAGUUCUCUAUCAUAUGUCGAACCUACCAUUGACGAUCGAACGAUUAGGACUUUCGGUUUCAUCCGAAUUAGAUGGUAAUCCGCCAUUAUGGGUUACGAGAAAACCUGGUCCUGCUGGUGAUGAAGAAGUAUUCAUAAACAACGCUAAAGUAUUGAAACAACAUAGCAAUUUUCAAUCGAAAAUAAAAGUCAAUGGCGAUAUCAAGACGCAAGUUUUGCACGUGAUAGAUGAAGUAUUGGAACCGGUACGUUCGAUGUCAUCGGAAUCACCGAUCUACAAUCCUGAUGCAUUUCAAUUUUUAAACCAAAGUGAGAAUUUAAACAUGGGUAAUCAUCGUGUUAGGACCUUCCGACAAAGGAUCGUCAUAGAAAAAAAGGAAGGAAUCUUCACUGCAGAUGGUCGUUAUACUUUUUUCAUUCCCGUUGACGAAGGAUUUAAGCCGGAGCCUAGGCCACAGAAGAUUGAUCAUCUCGUAAUUGAUGGACACGUGAUUCCCAAUCAUAUUCUUUUCACAGUACCUACACCUGAGAAUAUUCAUUACGAGACGCUUGUUUUCUCUGACAACCUCAAAGUUACCGUCAGUUUUCUCAGGGAACAUAACAAAGUAUAUGUCAAGUCUAAUACGAUAGUUGGUGAUGCAUCUCACCAUCCCGGUGUCGUGUUAGCCGAAAUCGUUAAGCCAAACAUCCCAGUACGAAACGGUGUGAUCCAUUUGAUCCAACGACCACUUAUGGUGAUCGACAGUACGGUGAAGGACUUCCUCGAGUCCUUCAAGGGCAUCGAAAAGGAGGAUGGUCCUGUAUACAAAUUUUACGAGACGAUUCGUGAUUUUGGUGACGACAUUAUGAUGACCAUAAGCAGGCUCCACGAUGUAACACUUUUUGCACCUAGCAAUGCUGCCCUAGAAGAACCAGGUGUACGACAAAUAUUACAGGACAAAAGACGCGUCAAGGAAAUCCUUAAUUUGCAUUACGUCAAACAAAGACUACCAUUGGAAAAAAUACAAAACAAAAGUGUCAUUCAGGCACACGCUGGGAUACCUACCGCUGCCGAUAGGAAAAAGCUUUAUUUCAACGUCGUACAAGGACCAGCAGGAAAUCAAACCAUUACAGUUGAAGGUGGUGGUGUAAAUGCUACCGUUGUAACGGCAAAUAUCGCUGCGACCAAUGGAAUUAUUCAUAUCAUUGAUAGGGUUCUUGGUGUACCUUAUACAACUGUUUUGGAAAAACUACAAACGGAUCCUAUGUUGAAUUCCACUUAUUUCCUUGGUCAACGACGUGGUUUUAACGAUCAACUUAACGACACUACUAAACGUUUCACUUAUUUCGCACCAAGAGAUUAUGCCUGGUCCGGUGCUAACAUCAGUUAUCCAUCUACCAUUAAGAAACUUUUUAUGCCAGAUUACAGCUAUCACACCAAACAAAUCUUAGAAAGACAUCUCGUAGUUGCCGAUCAAGUAUACACGAUGGCUAAAUUGAAAGAAAUGAAUUACAAUGACACCAUCACCCUAACAUCAGCGAGGGAUACUUUGAAACUUCGCAUUAAGGAAUCUGGUGAAAAUGAUGACGAAAACGCUAUCCGUCCAGUGACUUCCGGUUACCAAAUCGAAUGGGAAGGCAAAUGGAUACGAGUAUUCCGUCAUGACGUUGAAUGCACCAAUGGCAUUAUUCACGUGAUCGAUGGUGUCUUUUUAAAGGACAGCGACGUUAGAGUGACCGGUGGUGCAUCAUUAUCCAGCAUCGCGCCACAUCUUAUCAUCUUCUUGAUAGCCAAAUGGCUUUUGUAAAUGCUUCGAUGAAGAUUUCAAAAAAGGAGAAAAAAAGAAGAAAGAAAAACAAACAAACAAACAAACAAACAAACAAGAAAAGAAAGAACAAAAAUACAAGAGAUAUAUGAAAAAUCUCUCUCCUCUCUAUUUAGAAAUUACGUUUGGAUCGUUUCCGAUCGAAUUAUUGUCUUUUCAAGAGCCAAGAAGAAAACACCGACUCGUCGUCGUUGUUAAAGAAUUGAAAAAUAGUUUUACUAUUUUCAUUCUUUAAACGUUCAUAGACGAAAAACUCACACAGCAAGGAUCUCAUUCGUCGAUUUUUCCUUGGCCUCUUUUAUCUUCAACGAAAGAUAACAAAUUCUUUCUCGUCGUCAUGUUUAUCCGAUAUUAUUAUUACUAUUAUUAUUAUUAUUAUUAUUAUUAUUAUUAUUAUUAUUAUUUUUAACGAAGUAUAAUAUCUUCGUUAACAAUCAUCGUCAUAGUCAAACAUCAUUUAUCAUCUUCAUAUUCAUUACAAUUAUUCAUCUUCAUAGUGGUCGUUGUCGUCAUUGUCAUAGUCGUCAUUUACAAUUAUUAUUAUUAAUAUUAUUAUUAUUAUUAUUAUUAUUAUUAUUAUUAUUAUUAUUAUAUUUCUUUUCCCUUAUAUUAUUGAUAAUUUUUAUAAAAAUAAUUGACGACGAGAAAGAUCGGUUACGAACCACACGACGCGAUUAUUUCUCACAACACAUCACGUAUUAAUAAUAAUA